GACAGGCGCGGGAAUCAGCACAAUUUUCGAGGACAACGUAUCGAUUUUUGCGUUUGGAGUACCGUAGAUAAUUUCUGUACAGUCACUGAGACAGUAUUAUUCCACUAAAAAGCCAUGGCCAAGUAUGAGGUAGCCAGCCAGACGUGCCAGGAAGACCCAGGGGGCGCUAAGGAGCCCGAAAUACACAAGCGGGAGAAAUGGUCCCGGCAAAUAGACUACCUCUUGUCUUGCAUCGGAUUUAGUGUCGGACUUGGAAAUGUCUGGCGAUUUCCGUAUCUCUGUUACAAGAAUGGCGGCGGUGGUUUCCUUAUCCCCUACUUUGUUUGCGCCCUAUUGGGCGGAGUCCCCUUGUUCUUCCUCGAAGCCUCGCUGGGGCAGUUCAUGGGAGUGGGCGGAGUAGGGACGUGGAAUAUAUGCCCUCUCUUUCAAGGGAUUGGAUUUGCCUGCGCGACUGUAGCCUUCCUUCUGAAUAUCUACUAUAUCGUCAUUCUCGCCUGGGCGUUUUAUUAUACCUUCGCCAGCUUUACCUCAGUAUUACCAUGGUCAACCUGUGAUAACGAAUGGAACACAGAAAACUGCUCACUCUUCCUAAACAAUUAUGCAGCAAAUGCGACCUCGUCAGAUGGCGAGAAUGUGACGUCGUAUGGCGGGAACGCUACCUCGGGAAUGCAAGAUGGGGGCCUGAAUCUGACGCUUAUACUCAACUCGACCACAUUCAAGGGUGUUGAUCCUGUUACCGAAUAUUGGGAAAAUCGAGUUCUCGGUAUCUCGGAUGGCAUCGACGAGGUAGGCAGUGUACGAUGGGAACUAUGCCUGUGUCUGCUCCUGGCCUGGAUCAUCGUGUACUUCUGCGUGUGGAAAGGCAUUAAGAGCUCGGGAAAGGUGAUGUAUUUCACAGCCACUUCGCCGUACAUCCUGAUGUUUAUCUUAUUGGUGCGCGGUGCGCUGUUAGAGGGCGCUGGUGCAGGCGUUCUAUACUACAUCAAACCAACGUGGGAAAGGCUGCUGGAUAUUCAGGUUUGGGUUGAUGCAGGGACACAGAUAUUUUAUUCCUAUUCCAUUGGGAUUGGAACUCACAACGCAUUAGGCAGUUACAAUAAGUUCAACCAUAAUUCGUACAGAGACUGUAUAUUGUUCGCCCUGAUCAACAGUGGAACGAGUAUAUUCGCUGGGUUCGUCAUCUUCUCCGUUCUUGGCUUCAUGGCUCAUACACAGCAAGUGGAUAUAGCCAACGUUACUGCUUCAGGUCCAGGUCUGGCCUUCAUAGCCUACCCAAAGGCAGUUGCACAGAUGCCAAUAGCGCCGUUGUGGAGCGUCCUCUUUUUCCUGAUGAUUAUACUACUUGGAUUAGAUAGUCAGUUUGUACAACUGGAGGGCUUUAUCACAGCUUGCGUAGAUGCCUUCCCUCACCAACUAAGAAAGGGAUACAGGAGAGAAAUAUUCAUAGCAUGUAUAUGCGCUGGGUCAUUUUUUCUCGGGAUAACCAUGGUCACUAAUGGUGGCAUGUAUGUCUUCCAGCUAUUUGACUAUUUCUCCAUGAGUCGGAUCAUCCUGUUAGUGGCGCUGUGUGAAGUCAUUGUGGUCGCUUGGAUAUACGGCAUCCGACGAUAUUAUAGGAAUCUUGAGAUGAUGUAUGGGUUCCGGCUGAACUAUUUCAUGGGGGCCAUGUGGUGUGUCGGGUCGCCUAUAUUCUGUACCUGCCUGUUCAUCAUGAAUGCGAUCAGUUAUUCGACCCUGACCUUUGACCGUAAGGACAAGGGCAUCUACACAUUCCCCGGCUGGUCAGUGGCGGUUGGUUGGUGUAUGGCUUCCACAUCCGUGACCUUCAUACCCGUAGUGAUGAUAUACAAAACCUAUAGAACUAUCAAGGCAGGAAAGUACUUACGGACCCUGAUAGAACCAGAAGGGCUCAAACCUCACCAAAUCUGCCUAGAGGACAGGGUAAAAGAAAAUGGCUUCAUACUCGGCAAUAACGUCGGCAAUAACGUCAGCAUGGGCAAUAACGUUGGGAACAAUGUCAACAUAGGCAACAACGUAGGGCAUCACGUCGACGUAGGCAAAAACGUUGGGAUCAACGUUAACAUUGGCAAUAAUUUUGGCAAUAACGUUGGGAACAAUGUCAACAUUGGCAAUAGCGAGGAGUUGAUAGGCAAUGGCAAAGAGUUCGAACCACUGUGUUGAUGAAGGAGAACAGGAUAGUUUGUGUUGUAGA